AUGUACCAAGUAUAUGACCGAAUAUUGGCUUGUACUUUUUAUUUAUAUGUAAUUAACACUGUCUAUAAACUAGAUUUUUGGACGGAAACAGAAUGGCAGCAAUGGUCUGUCCACAACUUUGACUAUGAAGCUACUAAACAAAAUUCAGGUAUUAAACGAAUGGUAGCUCACGAUGACCUGAGUAAAGAUUUAAAUACUUUGAUUAAAGCUCUUAAUAAAAACAGAAGAAAAGUGCAAAGACUAAAACAAAUUAAAUUAGUGAUGAAAACUAUCCAUAAUGACUAUGUUAAUUCUCACUUUUGGGGAGUACAAGCGGUGAAGAGUGCUAAAUUAAGUGAUAGACAAUUCAUUGCAAAAUUGUCUAGGAGUGUUGCAGAGGCUUUUACCUACAUUAAGUAA